AUGCCACACUCAACAACACCUAACAGUGAUUUAAUUAAUUCCGAAAACAACAAUAUUAAUUUUAUUCAAGAAAUAACUAAAGAAGUUGUUCAAACAACUUCCAUACCAAACAAAAAAUAUAACUACCAUCGUUUAUUCAAUUAUAAUUCUGAUGUGGUAACAAAUUCAGCACCACUCGUUGAUGCAAUUUUAUUGUUUCUAAUUAUCAUUAUAAGUAUACUGGUGCUAUCUUGUAUAGCGUUUGGGAUUAGAGAAUAUACCUUAGCUUUAAGUGAAAGAAGGUCUCAAAUUAAAGAGGAGGAUAAAUUAUCCGAAUGGGAUGAAGAAAAUGCUUAUGACAAAAUAGUAGAAAUAAGAUUGCCAACUGGGAUAAACAAUAAAAACUUUAGGCACACCAGCAAUAAUAAAAAUACUGCUACCUUUUCACUGAAAAAUAUUCAGAUUCAACCUCUAGAGGAAUUUGAUACCAAGUACAAUAAACCCUAUGAUGCUAAUAAAGACGAAAACGGUAGUCCAAAAGAUUUGCUCACGGAAUCAAUUUUACACAAUAAGUAUGUUUUAAGACAGUAUUUGCAUAGAAAUGCCUCUAUUGGUGCUACUCAUCAUAGAUACCCAGUAUUGGAUCACGGAUGUAGGUACGCUUAUAACUAUAGCAAAACAAACUUAAAGGAAUUUGAUGCUAAUGUAAGUCCCGCCUCGCACCUUUAUUUAGACAUAAUUCCAGAUCCAACAGGAACUUCUAUUGUUAGUUCAAAUAUAGAAACCAGUUGUUUGACAACUCCCAAGACUGGAAAGACCAGAUUUGUUUAUUCAACAGAGGAGUUAAUACAAAUUUUUCAUACAACAUCAACCGCCCCAAACAUUGAAUAUUACCACAAUGUAACUGACUUAAUAAAUAACAACAGAUUUCAUAUAGCGCCAAUAACUUUCAAUACUGAAAUUGAGGCAAUCGACCAUAUACAGAAACUAACUAGCGAGUUAUUUUCAACCGAAAACACUUCAAAAAUAGAAACACAAAUAAAACUAUUCAAAUUUGUCAGUUUAUUUGCCAAUUGUAAUGUUUCAAAUAAUUCAAUAAUUUUUACCUCAGUUUUCUGCAAGUUGCUGGAAAAAGUUGUGGAUUCUGUAUUGCUAUCAGAUUUAUUCAUUUCAGCUAACCAUUUUUUAUUUAAAGUUUUUUUUAUUUCUAUAUUAAACUACUUUAUUUUACAUAUGUUGGUUAUAGAAAGGGGCAGGAGUCUUAUCUCUACUGUUAAUAAACAAAACAACUGGAAUAUUACACAUCCCCAUAUUCAAUCAAGAUUGCUCACUAUAACCAUGCUAUUGAAUCUAUAUUUAAAUUUGGAUGGUGCUGAAGAAUUGUUGCCUGUUAGCAGACAAGAACACGCAAACUCAAUUGGUACCAUAAACACCGUAGUAAAAUAUUGUUUAUUGGACAUAACUUGCAGAGAGGCAAAAAGCAUCAUAUUCAAAUUCAUUCUGGCUAUAGAGAAUUCGACUACUUCCAUAAACGACAUUUUUUAUUACGUUGAAAUUUGUAAAAUACUAGAAACCCAUAAGGAAUGCUGUAUUCCACAUAUGGUACAUCAAAAUAAAAUAGGCUUAUUGAAAAGUGUAGUCUCAAAAUCAUAUAUGCCAAAGACUAGAAACAGUGGUUACAAAGAGAAAGUUAAGCAUCUAGCACAAGAGAUUAUCCAUAUUGUAUCAGAAAAAUACCCCGAAGCUAAUAACUGGGUAUCGGAAAUUAAGAAAACGAAUAUGAUGGGAAAAAGUGAUAAAAAAAACUAUAAUGUUACUAGUAUACAAACCAAAAGAUCAACACCUGGUGCAUGGGAUGUUUGA